AAACACUAGCUUGACAUUUCGGCAAACUUGUCGAUCCUCUCUUGAAACUGUCAAAACGCCCAAAAAAAUCGCAACGUAAACAAAUAUAAAUAAAAUCCAAAACAAAUCACCAGCAAUAAGUUUGGUUUCGAAUGGAUGCAAAAAACAGAUCACAUAACACAGGCUCCACAGUAGUGAAAACAGAAUAAUCAAAUGAGAUAUCAAUGCGCUCUUCAGUGAGCUAUAUAUUGUCUCACGCCCCAGGAGAAUCUGUGAUGUCUCAUCCAGACUAUGGGCAGCACGCCCAACAUCACGCAUGCCUUCUAGUGCUCGUCAAGGGAAUAGGCGGCAUGUUGAAAAAUUUCAAUAAACUCUGGGAGCGAAUACAGAGAAUCAACACUAUCAAAGUCACUGACUCCGCAGGGCAGGUGAGAGACAUAUGGGUACGCUAUGUCAGAGACUACCCUGUUGAGAAUAAUGAUUGGGGAGACUUUCAGACUCAUCGGAGACUACUUGGCUUGAUAACUCUAAGCAAAUUCACUAAUCAAGUCGAAUUGAAUGAAGUGUGUAGAGUACAUGAAAGUUUAAAAGUAAAAUACUCCAAUACUCUGUAUGACUCCAGAGCAUUUAUGUUUGGACCUAUUAGCAACAUGAAAAAACCCGAACAAGAACCUGAAACAUACAGUAUCUUUGAAGGCGAGAAAACCAUCAAACAAGAAUGUAACAUAUCUGAAAAAGCAUCAAUUCCAAGUGAACACAUGGACAGCCUGUCAUCAUCGGAAAGCUUCCCACGAUCCACUUCAUCAACUACAUCAUAUACCCAAGAAGAAAACUUCACCACACCUUCAAAUUUCAAAACUCAUGCAAUGUUUUAUGGUGAAAACGAUCCUGUUCCAGACUUAGAGCAGAAUGUGGCAGAUCUUAUCAAUUCACUUUUCUGGGUGGUGGAGUCUAAGCGUUUGGAAAGAUCUAGAGAGAAAUUAGAAAAGGUUUCUCUCCUACUAGCCCCCUUUGAAAAAAAGGAUUUUGUAGGCUUAGAUAUGGAAUCGCGGAACAACAAAAAACGUUGUAUGGGCCGGGUGACAACAAAUUUGGCAGAUUUGACUCUCCAAGCUGGGUUAGUUGCUGAUAGCUUGAAUUUGUAUCACUCUGCUGCAGAAAUACUGAAAUCGGUCAAUGAUUGGUUGUGGUUAGCCGCUGCUAAAGAAGGAUUAUGUGCGUCGUCUGCUAUACUACUGUAUCCGAAUUUACGUAACUCCACACCGCUACAGCGAAACGCGAGCCUUCAAGAAAGUUCGCCGAGCAAAAGCAAGCCUUUGUCUCUCUUCCAGCCAACUGAUCCAUUUAGAAAGUUCAAACUGAAUUCGUCACCCUUACGUAAUUCCAAAACGUCGAGUCCAAUUAAUCCACCGAGUGAACUAACUCCGACUUCCUCAGAGAGCAUUGACACGUCCUCAAGACAAUCGGAGACCGACAACGGUGACACGGAAUCCUUAGCUUCGUCCAGCGAUAUUGAAUACCAAAGCCCCAAAUCCUAUUUAAGCACAGAACUACCGUCGAUACCGCGCCAACCGCCAUCGCAGAUCACUAACCAAUAUUUGUUGAAUGGAGAAGAAAUCGCGGAAAAGUAUCGCAAGGCGAUAAUCCACUACAGCAAGUACCAGAACGCCGGUAUCAUUGAAACCGAGGCUUGCUUUAAGGCAGCCCGGAUAGCGGUUGAGCAGAAUAAUAGUUUACACGCGUCCAGCUUUCUGCAGAACGUGAUAUUCAUUAACUUGACGCUGAGCGAACAGGAGAAGAUACAACGAUUUGACACGUUAGCCGAACUUUAUAAAGAUAUUGGUUUCCUCCGUAAAGCAGCAUUUUGCCAACGAUUGGCGGCGACGAGACAGGUUAGUCCGAAUAACCCGAAUCCAGAUUGGCAACGGUGCUACUAUCUCAUGCUGCACAGCUUCCCAGGACACAAACUUAGCUUAGAUCCCAAUUACGUUGUACAACACCAAGUUGGCUGGCCAGCGCUUCAGAUUCAGUUACUACAAGAACUAGUUGUGGCCGCCCGUAGGAUGGGUCACCCGGCUCUUGCGACAAGGCACAUGACGUUUUUACUUCAAACGAUGUGGCCUCAUCUGACCAAGCAGGAACACCGAGAUCUGGCCAUACAAUUGCAGGCUUUAUCAGCGCAAUGCGAAGGGGGUCCGGUUCCUCUCGUGCUGGAAACAGGCGAGGUAAUUCCACCAGCGAACCUCAGUCACGUACCGAACUGUUCUUGGUUCACACCCAGGCCGUUACCUCCGGCGAGGGCUCCGCAUCUUGUUAAAUCGAAGGCCCACCACGGACCUUUCAUAUUUACACCGAUACACUUCGGCAGCUUGGAGAGGAACGCUAAGAAACAAGAAGGGAAAAUGGAAUACCUAUGGGUCGAAGGUGAUAUCUGCGAGGUGCAAAUGAAGCUGACCAACCCGCUACCGUUCGAGUUGAAAGUUUCGAACAUGCGUCUGCUAACGUCGGGCGUUGUGUUCGAAUCUAUACCGGAAACAAUAAUACUACCGCCCGACUCGCCGACAACGGUGAACUUACACGGCACCCCGAAAGAAAUAGGGGAAUUGCAAAUACUAGGCUACUCGACACACACGCUCGGUGUCAAAUCGAACUGUCGUCUCAAGAAUAUGCCGAUGCCGAACAAAUUCCCGGCGUCGUUUACCGUUGAAGUAAUACCGAGUCUCCCCACGAUCGCUAUAGAGACGACCGUAACGCCAUCUGGGAAUGGGGGGCUGUCAACUGAAACUGUGGGCAGCACUACAAAUGUCACUUUGUAUAACGGAGAGAGCACAGACUGUACAAUUAAAAUCACGAACACUAAUUCUGUACCUAUCGAAUACCUUGACUUGGCUAUACAGUCAAACAUCGAUACGGCACUUCAAUCUAAAAUAUUCCAAUUCUCAAACGAGGAUAUACAGUCGCAGUUGCCCAUCGCUCCAGACCAAACCGCUACGAUAACGAUAAAGUUAUACGGCGAGGCAGAUUUCCUAGAUCUAGGCGGCGUGGGCGGGGAGAACCUAUUUCCUAACAGCCUCACUUCUAAUUAUCCGUCAAGGGUAGGAUCGCCAGUACCCAAUGCUCAGACCUCCCUGCCCACGCAGAGUUCCAAUCCUCAAAAUUCAUUGAGCAGUGGACUUAUGCCGCACAGAACUUCGGGCAGUUUCAGGUCGACUAAUUCUUACGCGACCAGCUGGUCCGCGCCUAUAUCAGUUAUGCCCCCCUCCAGAGGUCGUCAAAUCGAGUCUCAGCUUAUUUUAAGAUAUUCUGGUGGCGAAGGAAAAGAUGUUCAUUGUCGUCAAUCUACCUUACAAAUCAAUUUAGAAUUGUUACCUAGUGUCUCUAUAACGCAUUGGGAUGUGCUGCCAGCGGAAAUUGCAUCACAACUGUAUUUAGUGUUAGACGUAACAAAUCUUACGUCUGAGGAGAUGGACUUUCAUUAUGCGCCAAACAAACAUAUUCUGAUCGAGAGCAAGGAAUCCUGUAGAGUUCCCGUACCGUUAGACAGAUGUCCUUUUAGCAAUACGAAUGUAAAAAGCGAUGAUGAUACCACAGACUCAAAAUCGAUAAGCACCGGAACGUCGACAAACAGCCUCGAAUUAAUGUGCUCCGAACACAUAACCAACAACACGGACUUGAGAUGGAACUUGGUUCAUUCCGACAUAAGUGGUCGGGCUUCCGUCAAAGGGAUCACCCUAUCGCAAACCAUGAUGGAUAUAGUUCGGAUGUCACCGCUGAACUGGGAGGUUAGCAUUAACAGCCAGUGCAUAAAGCCCCAAGAGGAGUUCAACUGUACGGCGGGCGAGUGCCUCUCGUUAGGCGUGGCUGUAUGGAAUCACCUCAGCCGGCCGCUGCACAAACUAUGCCUGUCUGUACAGUUCUAUCAGGAUUAUAACAACGGCGUUUUCAGUUACAAACUCGACAAUAGGGUUGCUACUGCCGGAAAUAAUAAGGUGGUACUAACAACACUGCGGGAGUCAGCUAAAGCUUACCACGAGUGUACUGUGGUUUUUUUGACGCCCGGAGAAUAUAAAAUUGAUAUCCAAUGUUCUACAACUGAACCGAUUUUAGAAGACUCCACUGUACUGAAAGAACCCGAGCAACCAUCCAUCAUACAGCCGUGUGCGAGUGAAAUAAGUCACGUUUGGCGUUUUAUACCGCCCGUAGCUAUAAGUGUAAUAGAUUAAAUAAUUUAGUUAAUUAAAACGGCAAUUCCGAUAUUAAUCUUUAGGCUUUCGCAAGUCUUAGAUAUUCUGUUAUCUACUUCAAUAAUGUAUAAAUAUUACAAAUAUAUUAUAAUAUAUAGCGUACAUUAUAAUUAUUUGAAUACCUUAGUAAUGGUUUUUUUGCAUAAUUGGUUCGAUUACUACAUCGAUACUAAAUACAUUUUUACCAUUUAGCGUGUUUUAUUUCCUUAACAUUAAUAAUAAUUAUACUAUACUAAAAGGUCGGAGUUUGAGUGCUGGGCAUAGUAUUUCUUUGGCGGGAGUGGCAGGCAUGUAUUAAGCGAAUAGAUUUAUUUUGUUAAUUUAGUAUUUGUUUUAACAUAUCGACAGUGGCAGUAUUACAAUACAGUGGAUUUUUUUUAUUAAUUUCAAUAAGUCGCCACGUCCAACUGCUUUGUUUCAUUUUCCCGCAUUUGUGUAGUUUUUUAGAUUAUAAAUGGUUAAUGAACCACAGUUAUUUCGGUCUCGUGUUAUGUAUGAGUUAUGGAGGGUAGAAGAAGUAAGGAGGACCAUCUCAGUAUAUUAAAAAGUGUCCGCUGAAAGGGAACCAAUCAAGGUGGCGCCAUAGUAGCAAGCGGAAAGAUUUUAUAAACAGCGCCAUACACUACCACACUUCACUUUAUUUAAAACUGCUACAUUCAUAUAUUUCCGCUUCCUACAGUAGUGCUGUUUCGGUGAAUCUCCAAAGAUAACUUAUUAUUUACAUGAGAACCAUGCCAGUGGCUAUAAGAACAUCUACAAUUCGACACGCAGUCAUCUAAUAAAAUAAAAAUUAGUGGCUGUAUUGAGUACGAUCCCCUUACCUAUUUAUUAGACCAAGCGGCAAGCGUGCAAAAAAAACAAAAGAGACAAAAAACGAAUUUUGUUGCGAUUUGGAUUUAGAGAAAUUAUAAAAUAAAAUUACAUAAUUAACUGACGAUGGCUCCGAUAAUACGCUGUGCUAUAGACAAUUGCAAAACUACAUCUGUAAACAAGACUCCAGAUGUAACUUUCCACCGAUGCCCAUACAAUUCUGAAAUGAGUAAUAAAUGGCUCAGAGUACUAAAACAAAGAUGCACUGCAUUUGAUUCUGUAGAUAGUAAAAUCUGUUCAAAACAUUUUGAAUUAAAGUAUUUUGAUGCACAAAAGAAACUGAAAGAAAAUGCAGUGCCAACGUUAUUUUCUUCUGCUAGUCACUCACUGUCACUGAGGUCAAUUGGAAAGUCUGACAGUGGAAAAACGAAGAUUGAAAAAAUAUUAAAUAGAAUGACACAAGCAGACCUGACUGCCGAUAUCAAGCUAAAUUUGGCUCAUUUAAAAGAACCAAUGCAUUUAGAUAGUUUUGUUACAGAUGAUUUAAAAUGUAAAUCUGAUGCACCUAAUGCAGCUAACUUGUGGCUUAUGAUUAAGAAGCAAGAACAUCUCAAUACAAGACUUAUGGACCUAGUGGUACAAACUAAAAAACAUGUGGAGAUACUGCAGAAAAGCAUGGAAGAAUCGAGACUUGUUAAAAAAGAACAAGAACAAAAUAUAGAAUCAUUAAAAUACAUUGUUAAAUGUCUUCAAGAAAAACAAACCACUCUUGAAGAGCAGAUUGAAAUAUUGACUGCAGUAGAAUCAAGAUAAAAUAUUGCAAAUUUUAUAAUUUAAAGGGGGCCUAAGUAUUUCUGGCCUUUUCUGGUUUUUUAUAAAAAAAUUACGAUAUAUAAUGAAAGACAAUUUAAGUUACGUAGCAGUAUUUUAAUCACGUAGAUAAUGAAUAUAUUCAAUAUAAUAAAUAUUUAGCCACAUGA